AUGGCCGGAAAGGACGCUUCGAAGGGCAAGAAAGCCCCUGCCAAGGGCCUCAAGCAGGCCAGCGCUGCCGCCAAGGCUGCUCUCAAGGGCUCCAACUCGCACAAGAAGACCAAGGUCCGCUACAGCACCUCGUUCCACCGACCUAAGACCUUGAUUGUCUCGCGUGCCCCCAAGUACCCUCGCAAGGCCAUCCCUCACUUGCCCCGUCUUGAUGAGCACAAGAUUGUCAUCCACCCUCUCAACACCGAGAGCGCCAUGAAGAAGAUGGAGGAGAACAACACUCUCGUCUUCAUCGUCGAUAUCAAGGCCAACAAGGCCCAGAUCAAGCUUGCCCUCAAGAAGCUCUACGACAUCGACACCGUCAAGAUCAACACCCUGAUCCGCCCUGACGGUUCUAAGAAGGCCUACGCCCGCCUUACCCCCGAUGUCGAUGCUCUCGACAUCGCUGCCAACAAGCUCUCCCUGGUUUAA